UAGUCUAUCGUUGCCUACCGAUAUCAUAAUAAGUGUCCAUGAUAGUCUCGUGAAAGUGAAAUUUAAGAAAAGUAGCGGUGAAAUGGCGAGAUGGUGGCCCUACAAUACAAUAAUUGUGUCGAGUAUAUUCGUCAUAUCAUGGUACUGGACCGUAUUUCACGGAAAGAAGAGCAGAACAGACGAAGCUAUCGAAGAAGGUGUCUUUAAUUUGAGACAAAUUGUCGAUUUCUUUACGAGAAUUCGACUUGUGUGCCCAUUUCAUACUAUAAAUUGCGCACACAAUGCGCCGUUGACUUCAUGGGAUAACAAGGGUCCUUAUUCACAAAAUAUUCCAAUAGGACCAGGAACAGCUGAACAAAUUAGCAACGAAUCGACUCUGGAGGAAACGAACGUUACGAGAUGUACCUGCGCUGCGUGCAGUAACAGUGACGUCAAUGACAGGAAUGCAUCUGAUGGCACGGGCAAUAUACAUAACUCUAUUCCUUCAGCAAUUGUUCAUGUUGCGAAUUCAACGGAUCUGACAAAUAGAACCGUGAAAAUAAAUCUCAGAGAAUUCACGAAUGUAAGGGUGUUAAGAGAGGCGAACACAUUCCAGGUGUCUGCCAGUAACAUCCAUCCAUCUGCUGAUAACAGGUCCGCCAACCUAGUUAUAUCCGGCGGGAUUGAUGAAAUCAACAUCACAGUACCAACAAUAGUAUCAACGACUGUUGAUACUAGCAGCCCACCUGUUGUACAAACUCAAGCUCAAACUAGAAUAUUUAGGAAUCGGACAAGAAAUACACGGAGCAAAAACAAAGAAGAAAAUGCUAAAAGUUAAUACUUUAUAAUUAAUCAAUUUACAUUGAUUAUAAUUAAUCAGUGCUUUUAUAUGAAGACAAAGACGGUAUUAAGACCACAUAAAGGCUCUAUAAUUUUCAAUAAUGAUGAUUUGGUCAACUCAUCAUUAAUGAAGAUAAUAAUUGAAGAGAACAUUCUUUAACGUUUUUUUAUACUUGAUUUAUACUUAAAGACGUCAUUUUAUAUUCAUUGCACAAUUGGUUUCUGUUGAAACUAUUUUUAUUGUCAAAGAAUUGUAAUUUUACAUAAAAGAAUUUAUUAUGUAUAGAUCGCAACGAGAGAGUUGUCGAGUUACAAAACAGAUAUUAUUACGAUUCUUAUGAGAUUUUUGUUGUAUUAUUUCGCGCAUAUUCCGCCAAUGUAUCAUCAAUCGACAUUGACGAUCCGUCGCUAAUUAUGGAGUUUAUUCAUGACAUGCGUUAAUUGCAACGUGACGUGGAUGGCAUUAAAUCGCUGGCAGCGCAUUGAAAAUAUUCGCAGAAUUAUCGUCAUUCAUCGUGCCCAUUAAAAUUAUAUACACGUCAAGACGCAGAUGUUUUUUCACUUGAAUUUCCCGUUAUAUCUUAUUUGGUAAAAUCAUUAUAAAAUC